AUGUAAAAGAUUGUUGGAAAAUAUUCAUUCAAUAUGAAUCAUCUAAUUGGUAGAGGGGCAUAUGGAACAGUUUAUAAGGGGAUCUCAAAUGAUGGAAUGCCUGUAGCAAUCAAAGUGAUUGAUAGAAGAAUGAUUAAUCAAGUAACGUAUAUAAAAUAACAAAUUAGACUAAUACUUAACAAUUACUAAAUGAGAUUAGAUCUAUGAAGUAACUUAAUCAUAAAAAUAUUGUUAAAUUUUUAGAUUUCUAUGAAACUCAAAACAAUUUUUAUAUUAUAUCAGAAUUUUGUAAUGGUGGGGAUUUAAGAGAUAUAAUAAAAAAAGGUAAAUUAGAUUCAAAAUCUGUUAUCAAUAUCUUAAAAUAAAUCUUAAAUGGGUAUUAAGUGAAAUAUAUUUAGUUAUCAUUAACUCUAUUUAAACUCUAUAAUUCAUAGAGAUUUAAAGCCAGCCAAUAUACUUAUGCAUUAAGGAAUACCUAAAUUGGCAGAUUUUGGAUUUGCAAAGAAAAUUGAUUUCGAAAAUGAUUUAAUGACAAGUAUUGCAGGCACUCCUCUUUAUAUGGCACCAUAAGUUAUUUUAAGGUAACCAUACACCUCUAAAUGUGAUAUAUGGUCUUUAGGCAUGAUUUUAUAUGAGUUACUAUUCUAAAAGCCUCCUAUAAAUGCAGAGAAUAUAAUUCAAUUGUAAGAAAAAAUUUGUAAACCAAUUAUUGUACCUCAAUUAGAUAAUACUUAUUUAUAAUAAUUAAUUUAAGGAUGUUUGUAAAUUAAUGAAGAAAAUAGAAUAAAUUGGGAUGAAAUAUAUUAGAAUCCUCUUAUGUAAGAAUAAGAGAAUUCUAAAAGACAAUAUGCAGGAAUAUUAGUAGAAGUAGAACCAGAAUAAACUGAUUAUAGAAGAUUUUUAAUAACAAAUUAUUUGUAAAUUGAGUUUGAAGCUAAUUAAAGAAUAUAUUUGAAUUAGCUAAGUUUUGCAAGAAGUGCAUUUAAUUUUAGUUUUUUUAUCUAAAAAUUUGAAUAAUAAUUUUUAGAUUUGGGCUAAAAAUUAAGAUGUUUUUCAUUUAAUUGGUUAAUUUAGGUAGAAAACUCAAAGUUUUUGAAAGAAUAACAGAAGUUUUUGAAUGAUGAAAGAGGUUUGUUUUGUAUUACAUAAUUGAAAUAGAUGAAAUAAGCUUUUAUUGAUAAUGCACCUGAAGAUAUAUAGUCACUAACUUUCGAUAUGAUAAAAUUAAUAUAAUUACUUGAAGAACAUUUUUCGAAUUUUUCUGUUAAUUUAGGAACUUUAAAUAGACAUCAAUUAUUAGCUACAUAUAUGAUAAAAUACUUAUUUAAAACAUUAAGAACAGCUAGAUUGAAUGAAUGUUUUUAUGUAGCAGAUUUAUCAGAUAUUUAAAAAUUCUCAGAUAAAGAAAUAAUGUAAAGGAUCUUAGAACCUUGA